GGGCGGGGAGAAGAGACGGUUGGCUCUGGAAAUGGCAAUCGGGGAGGUGCUCCCGUCCUGGGUACUGUUGCUUCUCCUACAGCUACCGUCUAUCCAGACUGUAAUCCUCUCCAUGCCUUUCCAAACCGCGAAACAGUGCACCAAGCGAGAGUAUUUUGAUAUUUCCCGAAUGGUGUGCAGGCCGUGUGGCGCCGACCAGCAGUCAAGUAGCGAUGGUACAUCGUGUGUGUGUCUUCCUGGUUACAAAUUAGUCUCGAACAAUGGUGGGCCUUUCAUUAAAUGUAAAAAAUGCCCUGCUAUAUAUUCAGCAGUCACCCAAGAUGGAUGGAGCUGUAUUAGAUGUCCUCCAGGUGCCAUUGUAGAUAAUCAUGGAAAAUGUCAGUGUCCAAUGGGAUAUAUCCUGGCAGGAAUUCAGUCACCCAGGGCCCAGAUGACACACUGGAGCUGCAAUCUGCCUCCUGCCAUACAGCAGCUAUCCCCAUGUAAGGCUGUGCAGGCUACCACUACCUCUAGCACAUUUCCAGAAACAACAGAACUGCCUUGGCUGAGUUGGACAGCCACCUCUCCAUUUCCUUUUGUGGCCUGCUGGGUAUUGACAAUGAUUGAAUUUGGCAGCCCACUCCACUUGGUGCUAUCUGGAACAGCAGACACCCCAUAUCUCUGUUGGCUUAACAAGACAGGAGAACCACUGAACUCCGUCCAGACCAGAGUGGCAUCAUCCUCUGCCUCCAGUGCUAACAACACCGAUCAGCUCCCACAUGCUGCCCGCCAGCCCAACCACAGUCUGCUUCAGAAAGCCCACAGUACAGCCACCAAAAUGGAGGACACAGGGGCAGAAAUACCAGAGAACCAGGCACAACUGACACAUCACUGGCCAAAAGGACGGUAGAGGAAGGACAAGGCCCCUGUGGUCAAGCUUCCACAGGCCCAAAAUUGUACAUUCUAAAUUGCCCCAUAACUGGAGAAAUCAGGCCAGACAGAAAAUUAGCCAAACUAAAUUAAACAGCAGCCAACAGCUAUUGACUACAGAGAACAGUGGAAACCAAGACCAAAGAGAUUAUAAAGAUUCAAGGCGAACCAGUUACAUCCAUUCUGAGGGUUGUGUACUGAAGAAGUGUCGAUCAGACUUUCUGGCAUCUUGACUUCCUGAGUACGUGCACUUUACACCUCCUGGUAUGGCAACAGUGAAGGGUGUUGAUGCAAGCUUAUUGGAUAAUUUGAACCUAGCUCAUGACUCCAUUGGCCAAGCACCUUAGAACAUUCUGGAUGAUCUGAGGUAAAGGGAAUAAGAAGCUACACCUGAAUGCCACCCUAUCAGUGGAGACAUAUCCUGAUCCACCAUUGGAGCUACAACCACCUGGAGGGUGAGAGAGAGAGAGAAGGAGAAAGAAGAUCUGCCCUGACCCCUGCACAACCCACCUUCAAGUGGAAAGGCAUCUUAAUGGACCACCAUUAAAAGAAGCACAGUGUGAACUAUGUUAUGAUACUGCCCCAUCUUUCUCUACGCCAGACUUUUCUGCAAAACUGUACGUA